CGCCGGGCAGGCGCUGGCUGCUCCCGGCCGCCAGGUGACGAUCGGCGGCGGCGCGGAGCUCGGCCCGGUCAUAGAGAGGGGCGGGAUCCAGGCCGUGGCGGUUAAUGAGGGACACCAGGUUGAAGACCAGGACCUCGGCCCGGUACGGGCUGGCGGCGCAGCCGCGCCUCGUGGACAUCAUGGCGGCCGUGCCCGCGCCCUUCCGGAAGCUUCUGCUGCCCAAGCUCAAGGCCAAGCCCGUCAGGAUGGCCAGUGGGAUCGCCGUGGUGGCCGUGAUGUGCAAACCCCACCGGUGCCCCCACAUCAACUUCACCGGGAACAUCUGUGUGUAUUGCCCCGGGGGCCCUGACUCGGAUUUUGAAUAUUCCACCCAGUCCUACACCGGAUAUGAG